AGAGCCACAUCCACACACUCAUAUUCCGAGUCAGUGGAUGUAGAUUCUAUCUCCCUCUGUCUGUCUGUCUGUGUGUGUUUCUGUUUGAAGAUGCUCUGCUGGGAGUUGUGUCUGGCCCUGCUCCUCUGGGCUCUUCCUGUGAGGACGAUCCCCUCCACCAACAUCAAGAUCACACACGCCUUCCCCCUCCAGUUGCCAGACCCAGGCCUUCCAGUCACCUGUCCGUUGUUCUGGACUGAGUUCGAAGGUCACUGCUACCGUUUCUUCCCCCUGAACAGGACCUGGGCAGAGGCUGACCUGUACUGUGCUGAAUUCUCCAAUGGCCUCAAGUCUGCCAAACUCACCUCCAUACACAGCUGGGAGGAGAAUGUGUUUGUCUACGAUCUUGUCAACAGCCGUAUCCCAGGGAUACCAACAGACAUAUGGAUCGGCCUUCACGACAGGAGACAGGAGGGCACUCUGGAGUGGACCGACGGCAGUAACUAUGAAUACAGCUACUGGGAUGGCAACCAGCCUGACGAUGGCGUACACCGCAUCCCUGAAGAGGAAGACUGUGUCGAGAUCUGGUACAGGCAGAACAGCGCGCUGAGGUCCUGGAAUGAUAACAGCUGUAACAAAGCCUUUCCCUUCGUGUGCAAGAUCCCCUCACUGGACAACUAGACCUCCAGGGUCCAACACACACACACACACAAACACACACACACUCUCUCACAUAUUUUUUACAUUUACAUUUUAGUCAUU